UGCAGGCUCUAAAUGGAUUUCUAAUGAUACUGACAUGCGAAGGCGAGGUCUUCUUUGCCACGCACAGCAUCGAGAGCUAUUUGGGUUUUCAUCAGUCGGACAUUGUGCAUCAGUCGGUUUACGAGCUAGUCCACUCGGAGGAUCGCGAGGAGCUGCAGCGCCAGCUGCUCUGGAACAGCUUCCUGCCCGCGGACAUGUCCAGCAUGCAGCUGGCGGAGACUCUGGCGCCGGACAAGGCGCUCUACCUGGAGCGCAGCUUCACUGUGCGCUUCCGCUGCCUCCUGGACAACACGUCCGGCUUCCUGCGCUUGGACAUUCGCGGCCGCAUCAAGAUACUGCACGGCCAGAACCGGAAGACGGAGGAGCCGCCACUGGCGCUGUUCGCCUACUGCACGCCUUUCGGCCCGCCCAGCCUGCUGGAGAUACCGCACAAGGAGAACAUGUUCAAGUCCAAGCACAAGCUGGACUUCUCGCUGGUGUCCAUGGACCAGCGGGGCAAGCACAUACUGGGCUAUGCGGACGCCGAGCUGGUCAACAUGGGCGGCUACGAUCUGGUCCACUACGACGACUUGGCCUACGUGGCAAGCGCCCACCAGGAGCUGCUCAAGACCGGCGCCUCGGGCAUGAUCGCCUAUCGCUACCAGAAGAAGGACGGCGAGUGGCAGUGGCUGCAGACCAGCUCGCGGCUGGUCUACAAGAACUCCAAGCCGGACUUUGUGAUCUGCACGCAUCGCCAGCUGAUGGACGAGGAGGGCCACGAUCUGCUCGGCAAGCGCACCAUGGACUUUAAGGUUAGCUACCUGGACACCGGCCUGGCGUCCACGUACUUCUCCGAAGCGGACCAGCUGGUGGUGCCGCCCACCAGUGCCAGUGUCUCACCCACGGCGCACGCGCUGCCGCCGCCGGUCACGCCCACGCGUCCCAAUCGACGCUAUAAGACGCAGCUGCGCGACUUCUUGUCCACGUGCCGCAGCAAGCGCAAGCUGCAGCAGCAGCAUCAGCAGCAGCAGCUGCAGGCACAGCAGUCGUCGCCGUUGGCUCAGGUGGGCUCGCCCGCUCCGGCGGUGGUGGAGUACCUGCCGGAUCCUGCGGCUGCUGUGGCGGCCGCCUACUCCAAUCUGAAUCCUAUGUACACGACGUCGCCAUAUGCCACCGCCGCGGACAACCUGUACAUGGGCAGCUCCAUGCCGGCGAAUGCCUUCUACCCGGUCAGCGAGAACCUCUUCCAUCAGUAUCGGCUGCAGGGCGCCGUUGGCGUCGGCGGCUACUACACGGACUAUCCGCAUACGGGCGCGCCAGCCUCGGCGUACGUGGCCAACGGGUUCCUCUCGUACGACGGCUAUGCCAUUGCCUCCAAGGCGCAGGACGAGAAGUGGCAGGAGACGGGCAAGUACUACAGUGGCUACAGCAGCGGAUACGGCAGUCCGACGUCCACGCCGCAGCAGAUUCCGCUGAAGACGCCCAAGUCCUCGCCGCAGGUCAUGGAGGUUAUAUCCUGCUCCUCGGACGGUCCCUCGCCUGUGGGCGUUGCCAAUGCCACGCCCAACGGCAGCAGCGUUACGCCCAAAGUGGAGCUGUCCGCGACAACGGCCACUGCCGUCAGCCAGGAUCCCUACGAGCGCCAGACGGUGCUCAUGUGGGGCACCACGCAGUCCAGCGGCGUGCCGCUCAAUAGUCGCAGCGCUGUCAAUGCCGGCGGCUCGCCUCAGCGCACCACGCCCCUGACCAAUGGCCUGAGCUACGCACACAACAACAACAACAACAACGAGCAUGAGCCCGUUGGGGCAGCCAAGUGGAAUGGCAGCAAGGCCGAGCUGGCGGGCAAGUCGGCCAGCGACGGCACACCCGAGAACUAUCAGCUGCAGCACGACGACUCCGGGCUCUACUCGGCCUCCUCGCACACCACAUCGCCCCAGCAGCAGCAGCAGCAGCAGCAACAGCAGCAGCCACAUUCAUCACGUGGCCUCGGCGGCUCCAAUGUGAGCAACUCCAGCAAUUCCGUAACACAUCCAGUCAGUGGCACCGAGCACCCAGCGUUGCAGCCCAGCCAUGCUCAUCCGCAGCAGCAGCAGCAGCAGCAGCCGCACCCACAGCCGCCCAGCUGUGCAGCUAGCCUCCAGCAACAGCAACAGCAACAGCAGCCGCACAGUCUUCACGCUCAUCCACAUAGCCAGCAACAGCAGCACCACCAUCAUCAGCAUCAACCACAGCCACAGCCACCACCACAACCACACACCCAUCCACAUCAUCAGCAUCACAACGAAAGCCAAGCAGCCGCUGCUGUGCAUCAUUUGCAUCCGCAGGCAACGGCCGGCACCGCCAAUGGCAGUGAGGUAUGGUCGCCUGCCAGCUAUACGCAGUACUCGCAGUAUUUAGCUUACCACCACCAUCAUCAUCACCAUCCGCACCACCACCACGCAGCGGCUGCGUCCACGCCUGGCGCGGCACAUCACCAUCUGCACCACCACCACCACCACGGCCAGCACACGGCAAGCCGCUAGAAACUAAAAGACACUAAUUCAACUAGAACAGCACCGUAGACGCACCACACCACAAGCCCACUUACCCACACACACACACACGCAAACACAUAGACACUUAGUGCACUAGUGAGUGCUACUGUCAGACUAACUAAACCUAAAACGCUACUCCCCCUACUUAGAUCCUAAUCAGCACCCAACUGCAACAGCAUCAACAGCAGCAGCAGCAACAACAGCAGCAGCAACAACAACAACAGCAGCAGCAGCAA